AUGGUGUGGGAAGCGAUUAAAACUAGGCAUGUUGGUGCAGAGAGGGUAAAAGAAGCAAGGUUACAGACCUUGAUGAGCGAUUUCGAUCGAUUAAAGAUGAAGGAAACAGAGAAGAUUGAUGAUUUCGGUGGAAAAAUAUCAGAGAUAGCAUCAAAAUCUGCAGCUCUAGGCGUCAGCAUUAAAGAACCUAAGCUUGUUAAAAAAAUCUUGACAAGCUUACCACGAAAGAAAUACAUCCAUAUUGUCGCCUCACUUGAACAAGUGCUAGAUCUCAACAACACAAGUUUUGAAGACAUCAUUGGUCGCUUGAAAGCAUACGAAGAACGUAUACAAGAGGAAGAAGAAGAACCUCAAGACAAUCAGACCACAUUGAUGUAUUCAAAUAACGAGAAUCAAGCGACGCAGUCAAACCGAGACUACAAUUACCGGGGCCGAGGUCGUGGAGGACGAUCAUACUACAGAGGACAAGGCAGAGGACGUUAUAAUGGAGCUAGAGAUGCGUAA